UGCCCCGGCUUCCGACAUGCCUCAGUCCCCCUCACCUCGUCUGCGGCAUUACAGGACUAUGACCGCAAUAUGUUUCGUGUGCAACCUUCCGAUACUAUCUCACCAAGUGGGAUUGGUGUGGGCUGGAGGCAACGGAUGGGACGAGCUGACGCGCUCGACACUCGAGGAAAACACCUUACGUCAGCGACUCGGCAGCCGACGAGACUCCGCUGCACAGGUGUCUUGCUUGUCACCGCCAGAACCCGAUGCAGAACAGACCAGGGGUGCUCCUCGUCGCCGUCGAUCUUCCCUGGCUCAAUUGACAGACAUUCUUCGCGAGUGGGGCGGUGGUGGUGCACCUCGCCGUCAGCAAAGAGCCCCACUUUCCCGAAGAGAAACCUUGGCCGACCUCGCACGUUCCCUGCCUUGGGCGCGUCACGAGCCCCCCGUAAGACGUCGCCGUGAUUCAUCUGCCGACUCAGGCAUAAAAUCAAUGAAUUCCAAACGUCGAGACUCAAAAGCUGCUCAACAAGAUUUUCAUGCUGAUUUUCCCAAUUAUUGGGACCGCAGAGACUCUACAACAGUUGUGCCAACCAGAGAAAGGCGUUCUAAAAGACGUGGCUCAAGAGAAGACACCAAGGAACGUCGAGAUUCUGUAGAUGGCCAGCGCACUCGACGUGACUCUGUAGCAGCUCCACCACCGAGAAUCGUAGCUACACACAGAAAAAGACGCGCGUCACCACCAACGCCUGCUCCUCCAUCCUUUGCGGAUUCUGACCCAGGGACUUCAACUCAAACUCCAGCAGUUACAAUAGUUCAAGUCCAUGAACCGAGUCGGUCUGAUGGAGAAUGUCCCUCAAUGACCAUGCCAACUAUAAUUACUUCAGCAGUAACACCGUCACCUACAUCCCCAACAAUUCCGACCACAAGUGGUACACAGACUGUUCAAACAUCAACAACAACCCAAGCCUCACAAGGGACUCAAGCUGUACCAAGUGGCAGAACACCGCCAAAUUUAGGAGGCCGUCGAGAUUCCACAACGCAAUGCGGCCGUACAAGACGUGAUUCUCGCGCAGCUGUAAGUCCCGAACGAAGACUGGGAAGAUUACAACGGCAAGCUACUGCAUAUGAUGAUCCAAAUGGUCCUCCUGGAACACGGCGGCCGUCAUUAGGUCCUGAUGAUGAAGGACAUGCCAGGAGAGAUUCGUUAAGUCCUGAUUCAGCAGCGAGGCCCAGGCGGGGUCAACUGAGUCCGGACAGAGCUGGAGGUGGAGAGCUAAGUCCAUCUGCUGCUAGACGUAGGAGUAGAUUGAAGAGGCAAGCCUCGUGUGCGAGAAUGGGACGUGCGCGGAGCCCUGAAUCAAGCUCUUGCUCUAGCCGUGAUCCAAGUCCUUGUGCUCGGCCGGCGGAAAGGACAAUGAUUCGGAGACAAUCUACGACGGAAGAAAUUUUAAUAGCUCGUGGAUUUCGUAGGCAAUCUACGACAGAAGAGAUGAUCCGGUGCCGAAAUUUCCGGCGCCAAAGUUCGCAGAGCGACGACGCAUGCAUGCGCGCACGCGGCCGACGCGACUCUUCCACCCAAAUCCUGGAUGGUACCAUCGGGACCAUGACCGUGGAAACAACUAGCACUUUCUUCGAUUCAAGCACUCAAACAGAACCAUCGCCGCUGUAUGACAACAACCAUUACCACGAGGAAUGUCUCCGCUGCAACUCCUGUGGGCUGAACCUGACAGGCCCCAAUCAGAAACGCGCCCGCCGCUUCAAGAACCAGAUCCUGUGCGACCUGCACUUCGCGGACGUCGCGCUGAUGGAGUGCAGCGACUUCAUGCAGCAGCUGCGCAGCUUCAAACCGCAGUCGCUGGGCUGCGCAGUCGCCAGGCGCAAGUCUUCCACCACUCUUAUCUUUCCGUUACCACCGCAAGCCUGUUCAGAUGAAUUCUGCGAGGAAUACCCCCACAACCUGCUGCCAACACCAGGCUACUGGGUCGAGUGCUCACGACAGAAGAUUGCCACCGACACCAUCUGGGAUGAAUCCGAGUCCGAACACGACAGUGGACCUGACCGGGACAACGCGGACAAUGAUCGCCACCGAUCUGGAUCUUUGGACGAAGCAGCAGAAGACAGCAGUGACAACGGCGGCAGUACACCUAAGAAGAAAACCGCAAUCGAAGAGCAAUGGGAACGAUCCGGUGGCUUUGAGCUUACCUCUGUGGAACAGGAAACUUAUGAAAAAUACUUCUACGGAAGUGAACAUUGGAACUAUUUUACGAAUGAUGAAGACCUGGGUCCGGUUAUACUGUCUAUAAAGCAGGAGAUGCUCAAUUCUAGAGAUCAGUUUAGAAUUCUGGUCAGGGCAAUAAGCUACACAGUCCAUGGAUUGAUUCCUGCAUCAUGCGUGUUUGCCGACCGGUACAACCGCGAAGAAGUUGUCCGCUCUCUGGGAAAAGAAGUCAAUAUCAACCCUCCACUAAUGCUGGGCCAGUUGCCUGAUACUCCGGAGGAACUGCUCAAGCUUGAUCAGGUGUUUAUAAAGUCGGAGUUAAAGGUGGGGGUGAUCUAUGUGAAGGAGAACCAGUACACUGAGGAAGAAAUCCUGGACAAUAAUGAAAACUCGCCGCUGUUUGAUGAGUUUUUACAGGUGUUGGGUGAAAAAGUGAGGUUGAAAGGCUUUGACAAGUACAAAGGCGGUCUAGACACAGUUCACGAUCUGACUGGACUUUAUUCAGUGUACACAAAUUGGCGGAGCAUUGAGAUCAUGUUCCACGUCUCCACGCUCUUGCCUUAUGAGCGACAUGACGCACAAAAGUUGCAAAGGAAAAGGCACAUUGGAAACGAUAUUGUUUGCGUGGUUUUCUUAGAGGCCGACAAUACUGCCUUCUCACCAGCUUGUAUAAAGAGUCACUUUUUACAUACUUUCAUUUUAGUAUUUCAAGAAAUGCUGUACGGCAUCCAAACUGGUUUCGGCUCUCCACAAGUGCCAGUGGCAGAACUUUUAGCGCGGCCGGCACCGACUCUACUGUCGCCGACUCCUGCGCGACAAAAGAGCAGCAAUUUCCUACAAGUGCCUGAUAUUGAAUCACCAAGGCCGAAAAGCGUCCCAAGUUCACCAAUGGUAAAAAGAGCAUUUUCACGUCUCGGAACAAUCACGGCUGGCUGGGGUCGCUCUAUUCGCAAACAACACUCUCAGCUGAAUGCAGACGAUAAAAAGAAAUGGGCCAGUUCGCAAGACUGCUCUAAUAAAGAGGGCAAAGACAAAGAUAAAGACAAAAACACAGCAUUAGCAGUACCAAGAUUAUCGGUAUGCGCUGACGCGCAAAAGGUCGACCGUGCCAAACUUGCUCAGACUGAGUUUUCCAUAAUAGAAUUCGACCCAGAAACAUUUCGGAUUCUUCUGGAUUAUCUUCACACAGGGAGUUGUCCCUUGACCUGUGCCUCCAUCCCAGGUCUUAUUUGUGCUGCUGAACAUUAUGAUCUACCGGAGCUAUUGCAGGCGUGCUUCCAUCACGCCAAACAGUUUCUUAGGAUAGAAGUUGUUUGCACAAUGCUUAUAUCAUUAGAGAACUAUUACUGGCGAUAUACGUCAGCUUCGGAAUUGGUAAAUAUGAUCCUGGCUUUCAUCGAACAGCGAGCAUACGCACUCUUUCAGACGCCGGAAUUCCUCAAUCUUUCCGAAUCCAUGGUCCAGAUGAUCAUGUGCAGGAACCUCGAAGUGCCAGAGGUCAGAAAAUUUGAAGCUAUGCUCAGCUGGGCCAAGAACAAAAUCAAAGCGAAGUCCGCCAAUAAGACUGAUGCCAAAAAUGAAUUUAAAUGCAUAAUGGAAAGGUUAGCAAGGGACCUUAAACUUUAUAGAAUCUCACCACAGGAAUUAAUCAAAGUCGUGCUUCCUUCGAAAGCUAUCAAAAACGAGCGUAUUCUCGAGACGCUCAUGUAUCAGGCGAACUCGGGGAUGUACAGAAUCCAAGACAGCUAUAUUGAGGCCUGUCAACAGCGACUCCAGAAACAAGACUCCAGGUUCUCGGAAUUUGAAAGUUUUGACUACGGUAUAUAAAUGGAGCUGUGAGGAUUAUCAGUGUAUUAGAUAGAUUAUGAAGAGUGUAUGGAUUGGGUCCUUCUUAAUAUUGUGGUAUGUUAAAGCCUUCUUAAAGUAUUAUUGUUAUAAAUGUACUUGAGUAGAGGUACGGGAAACAUUUGUACACUUCUCGGAUACCUAACCCUUGUUGUUGUUCAUUGAUACUUUAUAUUUUUUACAUCUAGCUAGACGUGUUCAACAUAAUCAUCUCUAUUUUUGGUACCAAAAUAAAAUGGAAUAAAUGUAAUUAUUCGAGCAAAUAAAAUAAAUGUAUCCUUAGCUAUACUUAUGUCGUGUUCUAUGUAAUAACAAAAUUAUCCAAAUACUGUGAUCUUCUUGUGACAAAUGUUCAUUUAAAACAUAUGAAAACAAGCUACUUAAAGACUA